AUGAGAAGACAAAGCUUAAUACCCUUUUCUAUCGCCCUUGCUUCAUUAUGGAUAUGUGAUGCAUCACUUCGUGAUUCUUCGUCAAUUCCUCGGAGUAGCCAUCGCACAACAGAACAUCGUUCUUAUCCACCUUGGAACGCAUCGCCAAAUAUAGACGAUGAUGGCUUUUUGCGUCAACAGUACGAUCGUCUCCCUGGGGAUUGGGAAAAUGACUUUAAGAUUAGAAAGAAGCAACAAAGAGAAGUGAGAACGCCGUCAAAAAUUCGUCAAGUGCCUGGAGAUGGAAAUUGUUUAUUUCACUCCAUCAGUACAUGUUAUGCGCAUGCUAUGAAUGGGACACAAAUUGAUUUACGAGACUCCCAUAACUUACGGUGGCUGUACGAAAAUUCAGCGAGUCUACGAGAAAAAGCGGUGGACUGUCUAGAACAAAAGCGGAAACUCCUUUUCCUCCAGGGACAUGAGUAUUUGAAGGCAAAGGAUUUGGUGGAAGCCGCGGCGUCGCAGUACGGGAUCAGUGGGUCAGAGUACUGUCAGUUAAUGAGACAGGAUUCUUACUGGGGUGGGGGUCCUGAAAUUGUAGCCUUGUGCAACGUGCUACAGAGACCGAUUCACGUAUACGAGCUUUUCGUUAAGAACAAGCGCUUUAUGCUAAGAAGAAUGGCAUGCUUUGGCUCUCCCAAAUUUGACCGGAACCAAGCAUUGCACAUUCUUUCAGCGGAUUCUAGAUUUCCAGAUUUGGCUCCAGGAAAACAGCUGACGUCAGGGAAUCACUUCCUUGCCAUGUUUCCUGUAGAGAAGCAAAAGAAGCAACGCAUAAGAGGUGGAGAUGUGGAUGUGGCAGAGGAGGUUGAAGAAGCUAUAGGGUCGGAGAGCAAAGCAUCAUUGUUCCGGCCAUCGACUUGGGUAUCGAAAUUGUGCAAAAUACUAGAAGACACAGAGGAUUGA